AUGGAAGACUUUCCGAGCUUCAUUGAGAAGGAAGCCCUAAUUUCUUUUUUCUUGGAGAAUGCCACGAGCUUCUCCUCCGACGCUGCUGUCAAGUAUCUGCAGGCGACUAACUGGAGGUUGGAGGAUGCUUUAGAACUAUUUUUCUUGUUUCGUCCAUCAUCUUAUCUCAUAUAUCAUGGUUCCUUCCACGACCCCAAGGUGGAAGCCCAUUGUGGGAAUAGGUGGCUGCGUGUAAACCUGCAAAACAUGGAGGAAUUCAGUUCCCACGUGCUCAACCGGGAUACAUGGUCGAACGGAACGAUAGUGAACAUGAUUCAGGCGAAUUUCGUCUUCCGGCAAGGGAACCAUGACACUGAUGAGGGGAAGAAGGUCUGCACCUACUACAAUUUGAUCUCGUCGCCUGCAAUUCCUGUGAUCAAUCCCAUCACCGGCCGGAAGAUGAGGUCAUGA